AUGCAAAUGAUCCGAGUAUGGCUUUUGAUGGCAUUGCCAUUAGCCACAUCGCAGAUCACAUCCACUGGCUUAACUCUUCUUUUGAACGGAAUCCCAUACUUCAUCAGCCCCCACAUCGCUGCAACUCUCUCGCUCCAAUCUGGUGUCCCUAAAGAUGUCGAGGAUAUCCUGGAUUUUGUUCCGGUCGCGGUCCUGCCAGCUGCGAGCCGGGGAGAUAAUGUGUCCCAAAUUUUCACCGCUUGGAAGGAGACUGACGACGUAUUUCAAUCCGGAUUCAUGCGGCUGCUCCUCAAUCAGACAAACAACUCGGACACAUCAAUAGUUCAAGACAUUCAAACUACCAAUGAGAUACCUUCGGCAGUGGUCAGCUUUACAACGAGGUCUAACGUGCCGAAGGGCCCUUAUUUUCUGCGCAAAGGCACCGGAGAUCUACAUCAAGCGUACCGUCUUUACGACGAUACUGCCGGUGCCUUCACCGAAGCCUUGCUAGACAACAGUGAUGGCACUUUUCAAGUCUUGUCAGCAAAAAUUCCCGGUUCAGCUACGUUCACCAUCGGCGUGCCUUCACGAUUAUACUACGAGCCUUCAAAAAUCAAGCCACUGGCUGGUGUCCGCAUUGCCGUUAAAGACAUCUUCUCGCUGGCCGGAGUUAAACAGUCAAAUGGGAACCGCGCAUGGUAUCAUUUAUACCCGGCCAAUAACGUCACGGGAACAGCCAUCUCGAGACUCAUCGAAGCCGGCGCCAUCGUCGUAGGUACGCAGAAGUUGUCCCAGUUUGCAACGAGCGAGGUUGCUACUGUGGACUGGGUUGACUACCAUAGUCCUUUCAAUCCGAGGGGAGAUGGCUAUCAGGACCCAUCCUCUUCGAGCUCGGGCGCAGGUGCUUCUGUUGCUUCUUAUGGUUGGCUCGACGCUGCCGUCGGAACUGAUACAGGGGGCAGCGUCCGUAGCCCUGCAGGCGUCAAUGGCGUCUUUGGCAAUAGAGCAUCGCACGGAGCUGUGAGUGCCGAUCACAUCAUGCCGCUAUCUGAGCCUCUGGAUACUGUUGGCUUCCUUGCCCGAGACCCAAAGCUGUGGGAUAAACUUCAGGCUGUCACAUAUGGCUCCAACUACACUUCUCUGGCGGAAUUGAAGCCGAAGUAUCCGACCAAGAUCAUGACGGUGUCGUAUCCCAACUCCAGCACUGAGGCAGGUUUACUUUUAAACAACUUCGCGACCGCAUUGGCUAAGUUUGUGGGUGGGAACGUGAGCGCUUUGAAUGUGGCUCAGCGCUGGAGCACGCGCGAAACCAACCCCAACGCCGAACUCAACUUCACCGAGACUUUCAACAUCACUUACCCAGUUCUGACUGGGAAGGGUCAAGACGAUGCGGUGGUCCAGCCAUUCUUUGCAGAUUAUGCCAAACAAUUUGACGGUCGUCAGCCGUUUGUAAACCCAUCCCCACUGGCACGAUGGGCUUGGGCUGCCAACUACUCCUGGGAUGAGGCCAUGCAGAACAAGACAAUGUUCAUGAACUGGUUCAAUGAUCAUAUCCUACCUCCGGUCAACGACACCCUGCAAUGCUCAUCCGGGCUCAUUCUAUAUGCUGGCAAGACUGGGACGCAGUCUCCGAGGAACCGAUACGACAUCGCGCCACCAGCGCCAUUCGCUGGCUUCUCAGCGGCCCGACUGUCUGUCUUUUCCGGAUGCCCUGACUUGAUAUACCCAGUGGGUGAGGUGUCCAGCUUCAGCACCCUCACCGGUCAUAGUGAGAAGCUGCCGGUGGCGGUAGGCAUACUUGCGGCGAAGGGCUGUGAUGGACUUUUGAGUAGGCUAGCGAUCGAUCUGGUGAGCGAAGGCAUAUUGAAAGUGCCGGAGGUUGGUGGUAGUCUUAGCGGUGGCCCAAUUCUUAUGUAG